AUAAUGAUUUGGCCCCAGAGCCUUUGAUGGAUUUGGAGGAUGUUCUGUCACCAGUGGAGGAUGGUUUGUGAGCUAUCAACCAUACACAGUACUAGUAUACGCAUGUAAAAACUGUAUUCUGUUUUUUAGUUUUUAGUUUUAAAAGUGGUUGAACUGGUUGCCUGUCCCAAAAAGCAGAGUGACGCCCACACCCAGUUGUACAAAUGGGGGAACAUGAAAGCUAGACACCUGGAGAAACUUAUUCUGAAUUCCAUUACACAAUGAACAAGGGCAGGAAUCUCAGACACAAUGUGCUCUAGUUUACGAUGAGCAGGAGGUUCUAGCAAAGCAUACCGAGCUUGACAAAUUAAGUGCAGAAGAGGACAUUUUAAGAAUGGAAUCACAUGGAUCAUCAAUAGACCACAGCCAGUCACUGAUGAUUGGGAUGGAGAAGGCGCCCAGCAGCUGGCAAAAGCCCACUCACUCCAGAAGCAGCAGCACAGCAUCAUCCCGGCACUCACGGCUGAACAUAAAAGACUGGGAAGUAAUGGAUUACUUUCCAGCUGAUAUGAACCUCACUGGAGAGAGCAUGCAGGAUGCAAAUCCUCCAGGAAUCUGUGAAGGCUACCUAAUGAAGAGGAGAAAGUGGCCUCUUAAAGGCUGGCACAAGAGAUAUUUUGUCUUGGAUAAAGGGAUCUUACGAUAUUCAAAGAACCAACAUGAUUUUUCCAGAGGGAAAAUGCAUGGUUCAGUGGAUGUCAGUCUUGCAGUUAUGUCAGUAAACAAAAAGUCAAGACGUGUAGAUCUGGAUGCCGGAGACAAUUUAUAUCACAUGAAAGCCAAGAGUCAGGAUUUAUAUUACAUAUGGGUCACCAAGCUGAGUGCACAUAGGAUGUAUAAAAAAAAUGAGGCUGCACACCUUCACAAUGGAUUCCUCCAGGCCUUGUCCCAAGGCAGUCAUUUAUCUCAUAAAAACAGUGCCAUGCAGGACAUGAGCACAACGGUGUCUUACUUGGGUGAAACUCAGAGUGGAAAUCUGCCAUGUGUCAAUUUUGCCAUUAAUGGGAAAGUGUCAGCCUGGCUACAGCAAACCCAAGAGCCUGACAUCUGUGCCCAAGAACUCAACCGUUGUCAAAUGGAACUUAAUGAGCUGCAACGGUUGGUCCAAAGGCUGCACUCUUUAGAAUCAGGCCAAGCAGUCAAUAAUGGAAACCUUCAGAGGAUUAUCAGUAUGCAGAAUCUUACUCUUGACAAGCCCAAAAAGAAGUCUGGCAAGAUUUGGGGUCAUUCUCGCACAAUCUCUCGGGUUGAGGCUCUAGGAAUGCCAUUUCGUGGGAUUACUAAAUCGUUAUCCUCAAGCCACCUGAACAGCUCUUCCCACCUGGGAACCUCCGUGCCCUCCAUCCCAGAUUAUGUAAGUGCCCAGCUGAACCCAGCAGCCUCCACCUCCUCAGAAGGCAAGAAACUUCAGCAGGACAUCUGCUCCAUGUCCCUGACAGUUCAUGCCUCUCUGCAUUCUGCACAUGAGGCUCUUACUCAGGAGCGCCAGCGGCUGCAUGAUGCCUGGUCCAGCAGGGAGCUCCACCAGACCACCUCUACCCAAAUCAACAACCUCUGCAGCCUGGCUGAGUUAGAUGUUAAAUCCCGUCACACCAAAAUUCACAAACUGUCAGUGUCCUCCAACUCCUCUGAAGAGUCUUAUCGUACUGUGGUACAAAGGAAGUCUGUCUCAGGCCGUAGUUCGUCUCCUCGUGCGCCCUCUGUGGCUGACUCAACAGCUGAAUAUUUCGAUGCAUGUGAUGAGCUUAUGUGUGCGAGUUCUUCCGAGCUGUCUGAUGAGUCCGGCCUGAGUGAUGGAUCCAGUAAUUCAGAGCCUUUUGAGGCUCAUGCAAUGGCUUCACGCAAGUACCGUGCCAGCCUUUCAAAGGCGCCACCAAAACUGCCCACCAUCAAGAACACCGGCCGUCGUACUAGUCUGCCUGCUGUCUGCCCUGACAACAGCCAUGUUGGCUUAAUGACUAUCCUGUACAACAACAUCGGGAAAGACCUGUCCCGUGUCUCCAUGCCAGCAGCUCUGAAUGAACCUGUGUGCCUGCUGCAGAGACUCUGUGAGGAGCUGGAAUACUCUGAGCUACUGGACACAGCCAACCAUACUGAAGACCCCUACCAGAGGAUGGUUUAUAUCGCAGCUUUUGCCAUAUCUGGCUAUGCCACGGCUCAAUAUCGCAACCGUUACAAACCCUUUAAUCCAGUGCUGGGUGAGACUUUUGAGUGUAUCAGAGAAGACAGAGGCUUCCACUACAUUAGUGAGCAGGUUUGUCAUCAUCCACCUAUAUCUGCUUGCCAUGCAGAAUCAGACAAUUUCAGCUUCUGGCAGGACCAGAGAUGGAAGAACAAGUUUUGGGGCAAGUCGUUGGAGAUCAUGCCAACAGGGAUGGUGAAUGUGACUCUUAAAAAGUAUGGUGACCACUAUGAAUGGAACAAAGUGGUAACGUGCAUCCAUAAUGUCCUUAGUCAGCAGCGAUACCUUGAGCACUAUGGCGAGGUCAUUAUCCGCAACCUGAAAAGUUUGGUCUGCACCUGUAAGAUCGUAUUUGUUAAGUCUCGUUACUGGGGUUCAGAUGGGACCAAAAACGAAGUUCAGGGUCAAGUUCUUGAUCAGACUGGUAAUGUUGUACACCGAUUUGGUGGAUUUUGGCAUGAAGGAAUCUUCUGUGACACCCUGCCCAAUCCACAGUGCAUCUGGAAGCCAAAUCCACAGCCCAAGAACUACCUGCUUUACUAUGGCUUCUCUAGCUUUGCAAUGGAGAUGAAUGAACUGACCCCUAACCUUAAACCCCUGCUGCCCCCUACAGAUACACGCCUGCGCCCUGACCAAAGGUUACUUGAGGAAGGGAAAAUAGAGGAGACUGAUAAAAAGAAGGAUGAAUUGGAAGAGAAUCAAAGAGAAAGAAGAAAAAUUCUGGCCAAGAGAGGAGAGGAACACAUUCCUCGCUUCUUCAGGAAAACUUUGGAUUAUGCUGGAAGGGAUGUAUGGCUAUUCAAUGGAACAUAUUGGAAGAUCAGGGAGAAUCCUGGAUUUUCCAAUGUUAAAAACCUGGAAUUGUGGUGAAGGAGGCAGAUUGCAGGUACUAUGGACAAUAAGUACUUGUGGUAAAUUAAGAUUCCACACUUCUUUUUUUUUAAAGACUACAUGAACAUGAAGCUUUUGGGAGCAAAGAUGAAUUGCCCAGUUUUCAUACUAAACUGAAUCCACUGAGCAAGGAUGGUGCUUUUACCCAAAAGCAACUGGAGAGUUACAUUUUGAACAAUUCUAUUUUUUCCAUGGCUGAGGACACAGACACUUGUGAACAGUUUGACCUCUUCUUCCGCUUUAGAUAAAUAUAAUCCAAAAGGUAAACAGGGAGAUGAAUGUGGGUUCUAGACAUAUUUUUUUGUUUUAACCGCUCUUGAAUAUUAUUGGACAUGCACAUUUCUAUGGACUAUGCUAAAAUAUGUGUCAUAAUUAUAAGAACUUACAUGCUACCGGAUACAAGCAUAAAGAUCCCUCAAUGGAGACUGGAUAAAGAAAGGCAAUGUGAAUGUGAAUUAUUGUACUUCAAUGUAAUAUUCAGAGUGACAGAUGAAGUCUUCAGUUUAUAAACAGACAGUUAUUUCCUCUGCAAAGCCAUUACUCACCCUGAGCAGGAUUUAGCAGUAAAUGGAUUAAUUCUAAUUUGGGCACUCAUUGACUCAUACUGAGUUUGAUUGCUGAAAUGUGUCCUUGUCACUCUUAUAUGGCAAUAAAAAAAUAAAAAUAAAAAAAAAGUAAAUGCCAUAUUUUGAUUUUAGGCCAUGGCAUUAUAUUUAUUGGCAUUUAAGUGUGAAUUAAACUGACUGUUUAUAUCCUGAACUGUGAAAUCAGAAAUUACCCUUUUAUGUAGACCUGACAGAUAUAUUACUACAUUCAAUGUACAAAUGUCUAGUAAAUAAACUUUCAGUCAAGUCAUGACUUGCGCAUAUGCUGUAUAAAACAGCAAUUAAUUGCACAAAAUGAAAGAAAAGGAAUGCAUUUAGUAUAGGUCAGUCUUUAUUACAUUUAGAAUGAUUCAAAAACAUAAUUUAUUAUUAUAUACAGUAUUUCGACAGCAUUCCUGCUGUGUCUGAGGCUCAGUGUGCUUGGCGGAAGAAACUCAAGUUUAGCUUGUUUAACUACAGAGCACCCCUUUACUAAUUAUUCAUUUUACUAUUAUUAGAAUUAUAAAUAUGUUUUUUUUUUUUUGCUCUUAACAGAAAUAUACACAAAUCUAAUAUCACAUGGUGUCAGAGAGAACAUAUUCUUAAUAGCCAUAAAAGACCUGCAAUUGACACUUUUGAGGAUCUGGGAGUAUAAUGUCCACCAGGGGUCAGUCAAAACAGGAAUUGAUUGCAAAUAUGAAAACAGACAAUUUGUUCAGAGGAUUUUCUGUGCACAUCAACUGUAACAAAAAGUUUCAGUGCAACUUCAAGUGUAAAAAAAAAGAAAAUAAAGAAAAGUAAAAGAAACCAAACAUGAACAUUAAUUACACACAUUUUAAAUGAAAAUGGAAACACUCUUUAAUUGCACUUUAAAAUACAAAUGGUUCUUUAACAUUUACUGUUGGUUUAAUAAGGUUGUUGCUAUUACUUGUAGCCAUGUUUGUUUUAUUUAACAGUUUAAAAUCCUAAUAACUAAUCUCACUAAACCAAUUAGCAAAGUAAUUCUUUUAAAUUAUUACAUUUGCAGGAUAUAAAAAAGGUUCCCUGUAUCUUAAUCACUUGUAAUCUUGUAACUGUUUGUAAGGUUCAAUAAUCUAGACACACAUGGCUUUUUAAUCCAAUAAUAGCAUUGUAAAAUAAUGCAGUGCGAUUGCCUCUAAAUCAUAUUACUCAUAUUUUAUUUGGGUUUGCAUUGAAAUACAUAUUUGAAAGAGAGAGAGGCAGUUAGAGUCAGUUUGCUGACUUUUUAAAAGCUGUGACCACAGAGUGACCACAGAACAUUGAUACCAUGCUGGUUUUUUGCAGUGUUACAAUUUUUCAGAAACUUCUAAAAAUGUAAUGAUGGCUCAGACAAAAUGUCAUACAUUUUAACAUGAAUCAUAUUUGUAAAUCAACUAUUUUGUAAGUUUUGUGAUAAAGAAAGUUCAGGUUCUAACAGGAGGGUACAGACCGCUUUAGCUUUACAUCAUUUAAACUCUCGUCACCACCCUGCAUGUCCAUGUGCCUGUGCAUAUGUGUGUGUGAUCAGCAAGACACUGAAAUCAAUAAAUAUACAGUUGUUUUGCAGGAGUUCUCAAGUCCUUGCACCGUCUUCUGCAGUGGUGUCUUGUCACCCACUGAUCUGUCCGAGGUCAUUCUCACUUUUGAAUGUCUGCAGUCCCUGAUAGGCUUAGACUGAGGGCUCAUUCUUCCUCUGUGUCUUUGACGUCUUUGUGUGGGCUGUCUGCAUUUUUCUCUGUUGUAUGAAUAAAGAUGAUGUGUAGUCAGUCUGAAGACCCUGCCAGGUGUCCAUUUUUCCACCCUGUCUGUCUGCAUACUGUCAUGUCCGAUGCCUCCAGACAUUAUGCUUUUGAUUAAAGUAUGGCCUGUUACAGGUUAUCAGAUUGACACUUGUGCGUUUAUCCUAACUCUUGACUUCAAUGGAGACCUGAGGAUUGCAAGAUUCUGCCUAAAGCAAUUGGGCUCAUACAUGUCCAGUUUUAACUUUUCUACAGUUUGAAAAUGAAAUUAUUUGUGAUGGUUUGAAACUUCAGGGAUAUUGUGAAAUAAUGAUUCUCCUACAACACAAAGUUGUCUAACAGGUCUGAAGUUUUGCAUUUUAAAGGUAACGUUCACCCACAAUUUUUAAUUCUGCCAUCAUUUAAUCACACUCAUGUUGCUCCAAACCCAUAAGACUUUUUCUUCAAUGGAACACAAAAGUAGAUGUACUGUAAGGCAUGCUGUUAGCCUUUGUCACCAUUCACUUUCAUUGCACCAUUUAUUAAAUAAAAUGAAAGAGAGUGGUGACUGAGGCUAACAUCCUGCCUAACAUCUCCUUUUGUGUUGCAUGGAAAAGUUUGGAACAUGAUAAGGGUCAGUAAAUAAUGACAGAAUUUGCAUUUUUGGUUGAACUAUCCCUUUAUUUGGUUGUUAAGGAGCAAUCAGGGUCAUUCAUACAUGGUGGUAUUUUGUAAAAUAUAUGUGAUCCUCUCCAUCAUUUUGAGUGACUUUGACCCACAUUUAAAAUUUGCCCUAACAUAAAAGGAAAUCUUUCGAAAUCUAUAGCUGUCUAAUGAUAUAAAAAUAUGAUAUUGCUUAGAAAUAAUUAUUUAAAUGUUUGCUCAAUCUGUCCUUUUUGCAUUAGUGUGCAACACUCAAAAUGUGUUUCAGUGACAAAGUUAUUUAAAAUGAUGGAGCAGGUUACACACACACACACACACACACACACACAUAUAUAUAUAUAUAUACAAAGCCGAACCGUUAGUCACUAUUGUCCUCUUUGACUUAUUGACAUUUAACUCUCUUUCUCUUUGUGUAUGUUUUUGUUUCUAUGUCUCUCAUAACAUGCUGUGCAAUUCUGUCUUUGUGCAUACAGGAAAAGGACCCAUAAGAUCAAGUAUUUCAUCAUAAGCAUAUAUAAUCUAACUCAUUCUAUCAACCAUAUUAUGUCUGUUUAUCAAAAGAUGGAAUCCCAGCUUGUGCGUAGAGCCAUUCUCUGUUGGACACUCUGGCUAUUUUAUUUCCAGCAUGUGUUGUCUGAGUGGCCUGGGCUUUAAUAUGCUAAUCGAUUUUGCUCCCUGCAGGGGUGCAUUUUGGGAUUGACUGGAAACAGGAAUGUGGGCUUCUACUGUAAUGAAAGCUUACUUCCAAAUACAUAGUGUGUUUACAUGGAUUAUUUUACACCGAUUAUGCUUUAUAACUUGACAACACUUAAAGGGGUUGUUCACACAAAAAUGAAAAUUCUGUCACCAUUAAUUCACCUUCAUGCUGUUCCAAACCCCUACGUUUUCUUCUUCUUCCGUGGAAUCCAAAAGGAGAUGUUAGGCAGAAUUACAGCGUCAGAAACCAUUCAUUUUCAUUACAUCUUUUUUUUUUCCAUACAAUGAAAGUGAAUAGUAACUGAGGGUGCCAUUCUGCCUAACAUCUCCUUUUGAAAUAACACAUCAAUUCUGCUCCAUUUAUAGACCAUUAAUACCCCUUCAGAUUUUUUAAGUACCGAUGAAAAUGUGAUGAAGUGCAUGUUUGUGCGUGUGUGUAUUUUUCUAGGUAAGUACUUGAGAAAGAGUGGCGUUUGGGUUUUGUGAGGUGUUUUCCAUGUCAGGGUCUGAUGAGAGGGACAAGACAGUUCCUUUGGGGGAGUGUCAGCAGGUGUGCUGUGAAUUCUUCAGCUACUAAAGUGACUGAAGCCACACAGGUCUGUCUGUCUAGGUCUGUGUGUCUCCAGGCCAGUGUUUGAGUGCAGUCACAUUGUCUUGGCUCUUGAAACCACCUAACUUUGUCUGACAUUCAGAACACCUCUACAUGACCUUACCCCCAACAUCUAACAGAGGGAACACAAAGCAAAGAGGAGCCACCUAACACAUAGCAGACUGAACCCCCUUUUCCAACGAAAUGGCACAAUUUUUACGAGAAAAAAACAAACAAUCCCACAUAAUCAUAGUCAAUAUUUUUCCUUUUCAAGAACUUGUCCAUGUUUUCUGUCUGUCUCAGUGUGUGUUUACUCGUAAUGUUUGAAAUUUGGCUUUGCAAAAAAUGCAAGUCACUUAGGUAUGCUGUAUAAUGAGGUCACCGGUGUCAAUAUUGGGUAAAGAAAAAAACAAUCUAAUUUGUAGAUUUGUUCUUGCAAUGCCACAGCGAAUAAAUUGUAAUUUUGUAUUAAUGUGUUUAUUUAUUUUGUGGAAUUUAAUAAU